GACAUGGCGGUCCCGGCAGGUCGGUCAGUGGUGUUUGUCACUGGAAACGCGAAAAAACUUGAAGAGGUAAUUCAGAUUCUUGGUGAUAAGUUUCCCUAUAAACUUAUCUCAAAGAAAAUCGACUUGCCUGAAUACCAAGGAGAGCCUGAUGAGAUUUCCAUCCAGAAAUGCAAGGAGGCUGCAAAAGAGAUUGAUGGCCCAGUCAUCGUGGAAGACACCUGUCUGUGUUUCAAGGCAUUGGGAGGAUUACCAGGCCCAUACAUAAAGUGGUUCCUGGAUAAACUUAAACCAGAAGGCUUGUACAAACUCCUCGCCGGCUUUGAGGAUAAAUCCGCAUGGGCUCUCUGCACCUUUGCCUUCACACCUGGAAAAGACCAGCCAGUGCAGCUUUUCAGAGGAAUAACACAGGGGCGCAUCGUGGAACCGAGGGGACCUCGAGACUUUGGAUGGGACCCAUGUUUCCAGCCGGAAGGUUAUGACAAAACCUAUGCAGAGCUGCCUAAAGAAGUAAAAAACUCCAUCUCUCACCGAUACCAAGCACUAGCGGCCAUGUCGGAACACUUUUCACCACAAGCCAAGCGUAAGAAGACUGAUCAUGGAGAGGCUGCGUUAUCGUAG